UAGUGAUUUAAAUCACAAUUUAAAUGAAUUUAACUUGUCUCAUGCUAAUCCGCCGGCCUCUCGCUCGGUCAACAUCUGCCCCGUGUAGGAAUGGUCCCGGGGCAUUCAAAAAGCACCUUGUGGGAUACUACAGACGAUAAAUCACAGGCAGCAAAGAACAGUGAUAUACGCAGAGCUGGUGGCCCGGCGUGUUACUAAGGUUACUCAACACUUCCCAGGAUAAGAUCCUGGUCUCAGUCGAUUAACAUUUGGCAAAAGCGAUCGUCGUCUUCGGACGUUUCCCCGUGCGCCAGGCGUCUGCUUGAGGCUGCAUUCGGCUGGGAAAUUUCAGCCAAACCCGAUUCAGCCGUUUCUGAGACCAAUUUUUCUGCCAAACAGCUCUCGCAGCCCUCCAGCUUUGGAGCACGGACCUCGAAUUUAGCUGGGAGGGCGGCCUUGGUCUCGGGACAUCCCUUUUUCCUCCCCUGUAAAAAUCUGCUCCAAGUGCAGGACGCUACAGAGUGGUUCACACUUAGCAGCUAAAGUCUCCAAGGAUUCAACCCGCACGGGGCACGCACCAGCGCGGAGAGAAAAAACGAGUGUGAGCAUAGAACUAACGGCCGGCGCAUCGGGCACACGCACCAGGGCACCAAAUUGCACUGGCACAAGCAGUGUGAACUCUGGCCUUUCCUAAGUUUGGAGUGCGGGGUUUUGCGCUCGAUCCUUGCACCAGCAGGUGAACAGUGAACGGCCAGUGGGCAAACAAUGCCGUGUUUUAAGUGGCUUUCGGGCUAACGGAAGGCUUAUGAAAACUUGCAUCCGUCAGUUCUUUCUGGGAGACUCAGGAUUAAGGGGACCCCCCCAGCACGGUGGCAGGGGGCCCUCACUACUGGGGAGAUCAAGGAAAACCCUGGGGACCAUUGCAGCAGCGGCCAGGCAUGGAGGAGGAGACCUGCACGCCCCUCGUCCCAUUUGCUACGCAGUCCAAGAUGGUCAGCCGAUAUGAACCAAAAGCUGACACCAUGGAGCUCCCCACCCAUCAGCGAGGCCCGUCUUACAACGCGGAUGAAUUCUGGAGCGGGCGUAGCCAGCAGUCAAGCCCGUACUGGAUGGAAGAAUACAGGGAAACCUCACCCCUGCUGAGGUCUAGCUCUGCCGUCCACAGGCCCAAUGUUCAGACAGACGCAGGCUCCUGGCACGUGCUGGCCAUCCCGCAGGCGCUCCCCUCUCCUCGGGAGCUGUGUCGGAGGAGAAGCAGCCAGCCGAAACGAAAGAGACCGGCGAACGGCAGCGUGAUGUCGGUCUGUUACCACCUGGAGGACUUGAAGAAAAGGCAAAGCAGCAUUGAUCAGCUGAAGAGGCUGAAAUGGGGUGGAUACGGAUCCUCAGCCAACUCUGAAGGGCUCGAAGGCGCCGCUGUCUCACUAGCCGAAGAACUGCAAAGCGGAAGAGACCUGCUGAGCCAUUUGACCAAGCCAAGACCUUCCUGGCUCUGUGAAGAGGACUCUUUUGUUAGCCGCAGCGGCAGCGGGCAGCGGAGCUGCAGCAUGGGAGAGCAGCAAGGGAUCCCCGAGGGAAGCCGGGUGGGCUCCUCUCUCGUGGCCAUGGCAGACCGACCCCAGCCGCCAGUCAGGUGCCUGCCUCAGGAAGCCUUCUGGGGCUUUGGGCACCAGCCAGAAGAGUGAUCAUGAAGUGCUCAGCGUGGGGGACGGAGGGGGCUAUCACCCACACAUGCUUGCAGCAGGCCUUAUAUUGAAAGUGGAUUCACUCCCCUCUCAUGACCCCCCCACCCCGAGCCUGCUUGGUUCCUGGUUAUUGACUGUUUCAUGCCUUGAUUUUUGGUUGGGGUUUUUGUUUUUUGGGCAAGGAAAGCAACGGCUUCCUUCUUGACGCUCUCUGUGGGCUUUCGGGACCCAGCUCCGUAGCCAGAAAGACACCGGCAGGAUUGUUUCCAUAGUGAUUCAGCGCAAGCAGAAAAGAGGAGGAGGCUGCCUGUAUUCCCCCGCACCCCGCUCCUACCUAUCGGAGGGGUGUUUUAGUUAGCAAACACUUCGAGAGCAAAGCAACCCAGGCAGCGGCGUCUUAAGCAAUCUGCUGCCUUCCACGCCCGGGAACGAUGAGCCACCCUGACGCGCGAUGAAAUGGUCUCAAAGCCAUGUCCCCUGGCUGCCCUCCCCAUCAAAAAUACUCAGAUAAGCCUCCAGCCUGGGACCUGGUCAGCACCUGAGCUGACGUUUGGAUCCGUCCCUGCCACGGGUGGAAGGCUGUGUUGGCCAGUGGGUGCUAGUGGCUGGUGUGUGCCGGUCUGGUGGGAGACAGUUGGGGAAGAGGCAAAAGCCAUGGGUGGCACGGUCCUGGGAUGCUCGGCGACGCUUCUCUUCUCCCCAACAAGAGCCAUCCAGGUGAGGAGACGUGACCCUAAAGGUUUACUGGACAAGUCCUUCGUUUAUCUCGCGGUAGAGUGACCCUACGCGACAUCCGUGCUAGGAUUCUGGUAUCGACGUUGCUACUUUUCCAUGCCUCCGGCUUAGCUCAACUUGUCUCGAAAGGUUCUUCCGACAGUGAUUGUCCUCUCCUGCAUUCGUUGUGCGAAGUGCAGCUUAUUUAUAAU